GUUUCUGCUAUUUUGUGAAGAAGUAAAAAAUUGAUGUCAUAAUGUAUUUCUUCUCUUACUAUAAUGGUCAUUUGCACUUAAGCUCUUAAGAUGUGUAAAAUGCACUUGAGAAACAAGCACGUUGAAUUAUUUUAUUUAUUUAUAGUCCGGCAUUUCUUGCUGAGACUCAAGGCAGAAACGGUAUAAGAAGAAGAAUAUGCCAUUGUGUUGCAACAGACUCAUAACAAUCCGAUCCAUGGGCCAUUCUAGGCAAGAAACAAACAGAGAUGGAUUUCCCUUGCCUUCCUCUGCAUAACAACUCCAGUUUUCCUUGCAAUUCCUCUUGCUGGGUGGAAGAAGAACAAGAAGCAAACACAGAAAUGAGUUUACUGCAGUUCAGUUUGGAUCACAAGAGGUUUCGAAUGUGAACAGCAAACAGGUGACAGCAGUCAUACCACUACAGGAAAGAUCUCUCUGAUCUGCAACUGAUUUGUGUCAUAGUUCCUUUCCACCCCUCCCUCUGUCUCCUCUUCAGACUCUUGAGAGAACUGAAACCCCUCUGACAGAUUUCAUGAGCUCUCACAGCCACAUUUAAGAGGCUGCCUAAAUGGUCCUCAUUCCAUUACAACAGAAUCUUUUCCCUCUUCAACAUGAAAUGAAGACCUAACCAGGCCAUGUACUUCAGGAGUUUUGAACUGCUCUUUCUUUUUGUGAUGCUGACGCUAAGCAAGCAACAAGCUUACGGAUCAGAGGCUAAUAACUGCACUGCUGCUAUUAAUGUUGAGAGAAAUACAGAAUACCACAUAAAGCCCGGGUGUUCAGCCAUCAUAAAGUGCCCAGUGACAUAUUGCCAAAAGAAGCCUGAAAUGAGGUGGUUCAAAAAGAAGAAUCAUACUAACUUGAAUUUGAAUGAUGGACAAAGGCACACAUUUGAAUGGAUUAAUGAAACCAUUUUUGUUUUGAAUUUUUUCUCCGCUCAGAAGAAUGACAGUGGAUUGUAUUAUUGUGAGAGUAGUUCAGGAAACCAGACUGACAAGGGUCAUUAUAUAAAUAUCAUUGUUCAAGAAUAUGAUACAAAUACUACAGAUGAUCAUGGAGCAUCUGAAAAGGACAAGACAUGGAUUAUUUAUCUCUUCUCAUCGCUGGGUGUACUGAUCGUCAUCACCGUUAGCUGCUUGGGCCCAUUGUAUUUCAUAUGGAGGCACCCAGUUAAAAACAAGAAGAUUUCAUCCAUCCCACAACAUGAAAUGAAUGUGUUUAAUAGCUAUUCAGGUGUAACAUACUCCAAUGUCAAUACUAUUCGUGCCCCAGUUGAAGGAUCCAUGCUUCAUCAUGGUGCUGCUACACCUGGCUUGUUCAAGUACAAACAUGGCAGCAGUAUCUGUGAUGAUCAAGCCAGCUGCUGGGGAGCAAUCAGAGCAACAUCAAAUCCUGCAUGUCAUCCAGCUGUCACCACUAACCACCACCUCCCAUAUGAAGAUCAGGAUCUGCUUGUUUAUGCAGCUCUGAAUCAUGGAGAACAUUCUCAAAGACAUGAACCCACAGUAGAAAUUGAACUUACAGAAUAUGCCACCAUUGGGCAGAAGAAUUAAAUCUGGCCAAUAUUUCUGUUCUCAUUUAGAAGUCUCAGCCAAUGUGUUCCACUGUGGCUCAACAAACUUUCUCAGAAAGACAUCCUUAUUUAGUGAAUGCAUGCCGGCUAAUCAGUUUCCACCGGUAAUGUCCCUUUGUUGAAAUACAAUAUUUAUUCUUCUGUUAUACUGUCAUUCCAAUGAUUCUCGUUGAUUGAAUUUUAGCUCUUCUAUUUUUGUAAGUUUCUGUGCAUGAUCAGUUUGUACCAAACUUUGAAAUCAAACCACAGCACUGUUGAUUACUUAAGUAUUCUACUGUUACAUUGCUGAAUGGUUGGAAGGCACAUAAUGUAACAACCUUGGGGAAGUUAAGCAGGGUUUAAUCUGCUCAGUAGUUUCCUACAUCUGCCAACUUGAGUUCCAAGGAAGAUGUGAUGCAAAUGAAAUAAAUAAUAUAAUAAAUUCUUUUUUGUAAAGAAGAUAUGCAUUCUAAAAUGCAUUGUCUGUGACCACUUCAUCAACAGAAUGAGAUGACAUUAGCUUACAAACAUUCACAAUCAAAAUAGUUCGAAGAAGUAUCAUUCUGAGAAACUGCAACCUAUCUUUUUAAUUUACAGUUCCUGUUCACUAUGAACCCAUGGGAGAUUUUCAGUGAAUGAAUGUAUUUUUGUGUUGUUGUCAGCUGAAAAGCAAAUAAACUACUCUUUGAUAAUUUA